AUGGAGAACACUUCGCCGUUACUGGCGAAUAGCUUGGUCAUCAUGAAGCUCAUUAACGGUGUGUUCACUAAUGACAAAAUGAAAGAGCUUCUGGAGGAUAUCGAGGAGACAUGGAGGAUGAAACGUGAGGGGCUGGAGAAAAAAAUAUUACAGCAUUACGCGGAGGAAAGCAAAACCUUCUCGAUUCGAUACUCGAUUGCUCUUUACGCGACGUGGCUCUUCUACUCUACGACACCAGUCGUCGUUAAUGGGAUCUAUACAAUUUUACCGACAAACGAAACAUACGCCACCAGGUUUCUAUAUCGCUUGGAACACGUUCUUGACAUGGACAAAUAUUACAACCUAUUGAUGCUACACGGGUUUAUCAGCGUAUUCUACAUAGUCUCCGUGCCGAUAGCUACCGACACUACAUUCUCACUUUGUACUCAGCAUAUCUGUGCGUUGUUCGAAUGCCUACG